CAUAAGUUGUCACAAGACAAAGCAACACGACAGCACAACAACAACUACCACCAGAAACAACGAAUCAAAACACGAAGUUCCAAAACAAACAAUUUAGCAAAUCAGCUAUUUCACCACAAUGUCUUCCCAGCAGCACCAUGRAGGUGCAUCCAAUCAACCGGAGUCGUCGUCGAUGCAAUUGUUCCAGCAACGCUUGGACAGGGCCAUCCAAACCGUUCUAAAAGAGAACUUCGAUGCAGAUUCCAAGACGUGCUUUCUUACGCUCCUCAAGGUACUCGACAACAUCCUGAAGACCCCCCACAACCCAAAGGUCAGGAGCCUCCGAACGCAAAACUCGGCGAUUCGCUCCAAGAUYAUCGAAAGGCACGGSCACAACGUCUUGCUGGCGUGCGGCUUUGUGCUGGAGAAGGAUCCGGCCGGGAUCGGAAUGCCGGAGGGCAGCGGCGAGGAGCGACUGGUYYUGCACUAUCCGGGUGAAAGCAGCAGCAGCGAUGGCGGAUCUCCCGGGGAAGAUGCCGUUCUGCAGCGCCUCGUCAAGGCCCGACACACGCUUGCGCGGAUCGGCGUGCUGGAGCUCCGGAUUCCCGCCGAUUCCCUGCCCAAGUUCAGGUACCAACCACCCCCCAAGAUUCGUUCCGGUGCUUCCAAUGCCGCUCCUACCAACAACAAUUCGUUCGAUAUCUACCAGGGACGCCGGUUCGACGGCCAAUCGGCAUCGGUUGGAACAAACCUGGGGCCACCGGCCAACUGGAAAUCCAAGACGGAAGAAGAAUUGGCCGAGCUCAAGCGGAGGGAAGAACGGCUCGAGCGGGAAUUUGCGCUGGGCAACGCUAGCAACACGACAAAUACCGCUGCCAAGAGGAAACCGAUGGUCGAGCGGCAGUGGACGGUGGUCAUGCCGGGACAAACUGCCAGCAGCGGCAAUGYCGUGUCUUCCUCCGCGACGGCCUCGGCGUCCGGCGACUCGCAGCUGCUGGCGUCCCACUUUCAGAGACAACACGCGAAAAACAAGGCGGCCCAGAACCGGGGAUUCACCACCAAAGCGAUGAGGGACCGCGAAAAACUUCUUUCUACCAAGGUGUACUCGCACACACAGUUGGCGAUCGCCUUUCCGGACGCCUGCGUGGUCCGGGCCAACUUUGGAACGAGCGAGACCGUCGGGGCGGUCCUCGACGGCCUGAAACAAAACGUCCUGCUCCCGGUCGAGGGCUGCGAGGCCCUCGACCUGUACCAGACGCCGCCCCGGACGGUCCUCGAUCCGGCCAAGACCCUCAAGGAACUAGGCCUCCUGCCCGCUGCCAGGGUCUACGUGAGUUGGAAGAAGCCGUCGCCCGCGGGUCCGCGGGCCAAGGGUUGGUACCUCCGGCCCGAGCUGCUCUCGAACCAGGGGGGGGCGACGGCGGCCAUGCCCACCUCCGUGGCGGUCGCUGGCAACGGCGGAAACAAGACCCAGAAGGCAAAUCCAAASCCCUCCGUUGCGGCCAAGCCAAAGAAGACCAAGGCCGAAAAGGAGGCCGCGCUCAUGAAACGGAUGCUGGGAGGCAAAAAAUUCUUUUAGCGGCGCCCGAGGGAAUGCCUUUAUUCUGUCGUAAAGAAAUACGAAAGAACAGG